AUGAACGCACGCAGGCAGGGGCAAGUCGGCUUUCGCGGUGGUCGGGAUGCCGCCGGACUCUCCGUCGCGGCUCGCGGCGCUGGGCGCAGCGGCGACGCUGGUGGCCGAGGCUUUGCGCGCGGGAGGGGCCGCGGUCGCGGUGGCCGCGUCUUCCCCGCGGCAGCGGCGGUGACUUCGCUGGACGAUGGCGACGACGGCGACGACGACGCGAAGGGGGCCGCCAGGCGGCCCGCACCCGUCCAUAAGGCGCGGCACGUGACGACGACGCUGACGGAGGGCGGCACGGAGCUGCCAAAGAAGCUCAACAACAAGGUCUUCGUGGACGGUCUGCCGUACGAGCACAAGGCGGCGCCGGGGGCCUCGUCGCUGGAGGCGGAGCUGAUGCAGUUCGCGGCGGCGUGGAAGGUUGGCAGACCCAUCCGCCUCAUCAAGAAGGACGGGCAGGGGUUUGGGUUCCUGGUCUUUCACUCCCCGCAGAGCGUGGAGGUGGCGGUGCGGGUGCUGAAUGGGCGGAAGUUUCUCGGUCGCACGCUGCGGGUGGAGGUGCCGAAGCCAAAGGACAUGGCCGCAAUCGACGCAGAGAGCGGCCGCGACGCGGGGAAGAGUAGUUUUGCCCGCCAGGUGCUCCUGGCCGACCUGGCGAAAAUCACGCAGCCAGAGAUCGUGCGCGAGAUACUGCGCGACGUAGCGCCGCAGCUGGAGAAGCGGCUUGAGUCGGUCAAGAUGACCUCCAACAACAGAAAGGCGUUUCUGACGUUUGCGUCUGCCGACGACGUGGAGCCGGCAGUGCGGUUUCUGGACGGUUUCUCCAUGUUGGGCCGCCGCAUCACCGCCGCACGGGCCGCCGCGCCCGGCUCGCUGCCGUACUCAAAGUUGCCGAGCCACAGCCUGUCGCACGCGAGGAACGCGGCGGCGGCGAUGGAGGCAGACGCCCGCGCCACGGCGCGGCCAGGGGGGAGUGCGCGCGGCGACGCGAAAGGGUCGGAGGACGAGGGGGCGCCGGUGCUGCCGUUAGGGGUGGCGCGGGCACCGGCCACGCGGCAGGCGGCGAGGGAGGGCAAGCCAAGCAACGUCACCGGCGUGACGGAGAAGUACAACCUGCUGGAGACGGGGCCGGCGGAGGUGUUCGUUGGCAACCUCGGGGAAGAGGUCACGGAGGAGCAGCUCCGCAGCCACUUCCACGCGUGCGGGCGCAUCGUGAGCUGUGAGGUGCUCGUGAACAAAAGCACAAGUUUGCCAACCGGCAUCGCGCGCAUCGUCUUUGCGCUGCCCGCGUACGCCAGCUACGCGCAGAAGCACCUGCACGGGUCGCGGUUGCACGGCCACGUGAUUCGCGUCGACCGCGGCGAUGAGCAGAGCGCGCCGCUGGCUUCCGAGUCGGCGCCGCAAGACGACGACGAGGCGUUUGACGAGGACGGCUACAUGGAGCGCUACGGCGUGAAGGACAAGGCUGCCUACUUCAAGGGAACCUCGCUCGAGGAGGGCAAGCGGAGUGGCAAGCGGAGGCGGGAGGCCGCCGCCGACGGCACGGCAAAGAAGAAGAAGGCGGAGCGGGGCGCGGCUGGGGCUUCGGGCGCCACUCCUGCCGGCGGCGCUGACGACGACGAGGAGGAGGAGGAGCGCUUCCAGGACGUGGACGGGGUUGCGGUGCCGGCGACCGCUGCGGCCGGGCGCCGCGGGCCGGGGAGGCGACGGGGCGCCGCGGCGCCGAAGCGGGCGGCGCGGGCGCAGCGGUCGUCCAAGUGA